GACUAACUAAUAUAUAAUACUGGAGAAGUGGAGAGCAAAGUUCAGCAAAGUUUAUUGUACAUACCUACCUACAAUACUUUUUUAUUGUUUUUAUUUAUAAAAUAUCCUAAAAAGUGAUACAAUUUGCAUUCUUUGUAAAUUGUUAGAUGAAGCUGUAAAAGCCCAACUGAAUAACAGCAUUAAUAUCACAGAAAACAGUCGUAAAUUUAUAAUUGUAUUGUACACAGUCUAUAAUUUUGUUUAUUUGAGUUUAAACUUUAACGUUUGUGUGUAUUUGUUAAAUACUUUACGUAAUAAAAACAAUGACUACAAUUUUCUUGGCUCACAAACUAAUGAGUGUAAAAUUAGAUAAAACAGAAUUUGAAAAUAUUAAACAUCAGAAAAUUAAAAACAUGAAAGAGAGACAAAAAAACCUGUAGUAAGUAUAUGACCACAAACUAAUAAGAAGGUAUAUUAGCUUGCUACAUAUAUAUUUAUCUAUGAGGUAUGUGACCAUAAGUUGGAAAAAUAUCAGAUAUCUUUAGUACAUAUAUAUAUUUUCUUAUAUUUUUAGUGAUUUGAGAAAUAUUCUUGCAAAGAAUACAUUUGAGAAGAAUUGUAGAUUAUGUUUAAAACCUGGAAUUAAGAAUAUUUUUGAAAAUAAUCGUGAGUUUGACCAUUUGCAUGCCAUCAAAACCUUUUUUGGCAUUGAGGUGAGAAAUUUUGAAACAAGUUUUGACUCACGUUUGCCAAUACCCAAUUGCAUAUUAGAUAUUAUAAUUAACAAUGUUAUAUAUUUGAUUAUGAUAGUACUGUUUAAAACAUUAACUUGAGGACUGUGUUAAAUAUAAACAAUUAAUGUAAACACCCUGCCCAAUCUGUGUGGGUGCUUUUAGGUAUUUUAUUAAGAUUCUAAGUGUGUAAUCCAUUUCAGAGAAUGAAUAAAAAAUAUAUACACACAAAAAAUAAAAUUUAACUAAAUGGGGAGACUUUUAAGGCAAUACAUUAACUAUGUCAAUCAGAGAUCGAUUAAUUGAAGAAUUGAUUUCUUGUCCCAAAAAGAUCAAUUUUUUAAAUUGAUAUAUAGUACUGAAUCAACCCAGUUAAUAGAUAUUUCACCCUAGAAAUGAAGGUUCGAUUUUUUCUGUUUUGAUAAGAACCAUAAAAUUAUUUACAAUUAGCUAAUUGUACCCAAACACGUAAAAAAGCUACAGUUUUUCACUUAAUUAUUUGAAAACUCAUAAAAUGGCUGUGUGCUGUUUCUUUUGCCUCUUCUUAAUGGAUUAAUGAUUAUAAAAAACUAUUUACAUCAGAUUUUGAUUCAAAUCAACUUUGAAAUCUAUUUGUUUUAGGAAGACAAGUCAUCCCUAUCAUAUAUUCUAAAUUUUUCACGAACACCAGUGUUGCCACAUUUUAAAACCAUACUGAAUUUACAUCAAAUAGUAGGAAAAAAAAUGUACUUAUUAUAAAUAAUUAUAAAUAACAAUUACAUUUGUAUAUUCAAUAUAUCAAUAUGUUUUAUUAUUUUAUUGGUAAUGUUAUUUCAGUACUGAUGAAUCUGAAAUUGAAUCACUUAUCAUGAAUCUCAAAAACAAUUGCUCCACUGGUUGGAAUAAUAUUUCAAAUGUUUUUCUAAAAAAUAAUAAAAAUAUACUUGUACUGAUAUUAACGCAUAUUUUUAAUAGGUGCUUGGAAUAUAGUGUAUUUCCCGAAGCUUUUAAAAAAUCUAUUAUAAUCCCUAUACACAAAGGGGGGGACAGAGACCAAGUUACUAACUAUAGACCUAUAGCUUUACUCCCAGCUAUGUCCAAAUUAUUAGAAAAAAUAAUAAAUAAAUGCCUUAUCAACUAUUCAGAGACGAACAAUCUGUUCGCUAAAAACCAAUUAGAAAACGCUUUAGAUCUAGCAAAAACACAGAUGGUGCUAUGCAUGACGUUAUUAAGUUUAUUUCAGAAAAUUUGUAUAAAGGCAGACAAUGUUUAGCGAUCUUUUUAGAUUUAGCGAAAGCUUUUGAUACGGUCCCUGUGCCUAUCUUACUGGAAAAGCUUGAAAGGCUUGGUGUGCGUGGAAAGCAGUUAGAUUUAUUUAAGAGUUACAUGAAAAAUAGAUUGCAAAGUGUUAAAAUUAGUAAUCACAGGAGUUCAGAUUUACCAGUGACCUACGGUGUACCUCAGGGCAGUAUACUGGGGCCCACCUUAUUCACAAUUUAUAUUAAUGAUCUCUGUCAAAUGAAGCUCAUUUCUGGAAAGUCUAUUUGCUAUGCAGAUGAUACUGUGCUACUUUUUGCAGAGGGUGAUUGGAAAAAAACUUUUGAAGCUGCCCAAAAUUCAUUCAAUACUAUACAAAGGUGGUUGUGCUCUAAUAAAUUAACUUUAAAUGCGGAGAAAACCAAAUAUCUGACCUUUUCCAUUUGUGAUGUGACACAACCAGGAAACGCUUUCUCUCUACUUGCACAUAGCUGUAUUUUAAAAAAUCCUAGCUCUCUCACUUCCUGCCGAUGUCCGUUAUUGGAAAGAGUUGAGGUUGUCAGGUAUUUGGGUAUCCUUCUAGACAAAAAUCUAUCUUUUGAACACCAUAUUCAACAUUUAAAAAAUCGUAUCCGCAACCUAAUAUAUGUUUUUAAAAAUCUAAGACAUGUAGUGCAACCAUAUCUUUUGAAACAGGUGUAUCUUGCUCUGUGUGAAUCUUUGUUAACUUAUUGCAUUUCUUGUUGGGGUGGGGCUCUAAAAACGCACAUGGUUUCUUUAGAAAGGGCUCAAAGAGCUCUUUUAAAGGUCUCCACUUUUAAACCAUUUCAAUAUCCUACAAUAUUACUCUACAAUAACUGCCAACUACUAACUGUUCGCCAACUAUUUGUUCUAAAUGUUAUUAAAAAACAGCAUCAGUCUAUAAAUUAUGACCCAGACAAAAUCAAAUGUAAACGUCGUAAAGACAUUGUGAUUCAGUCCAGUUUUAAGCUCAACACAAAAUUCAUAAAAAUAUAUUUUUGCUUUCUUGGCCCAUAUUUAUAUAAUAAAGUAAACAAAAUUGUUCAUAUAUAUUCUAUGAAUAGGCAGGAAUGAAACAUUGCCCUCAGAAAAUGGCUUCAACUAAAGUCUUAUGAAGAAACGGAGAAUUUGUUAACAGUACUUGGAUAAGUGUUCAUAGAUGUCAAUUAGUUACUUCUCUGGAAUUUUUUUUUUAUUUUAUUUUGAUCUGUGCAUGUCUUUUAAAUUCUAAGGAUUUAUUUUUUUUGAGUCACUUUUGUAUUAUUUCAUUAUAUUUUGUGUAUCUUAUUUAAGGAUUUAUGUAAGUGGGAAGAGCUUUGCUUAACCUAAAACACAGGGUUUACCCUAACUUAGGAAGCAAGUUCAUUUUUAAGAACAUAUUUAGUAUAUAAGAUUCAUUGUUUGACUCUUACUCUGUAUCACUUUUCUACAUGAAUAAAUUAUUAUUAUUAUAGUAUCCAUGUGAACGUUUUGGAUUGGACAGGGUGUUUUUUACAUAUUAAAAACAACACUUAGCGUAAGAUAUCAGAAAAUGAUGGCAAACCACAAUACAUAUGUGAGAGCUGUGAGACGACAAUUAAAAUGGCUGCUAGACUUAAGGAUACUGCUGUGACCUCACAAUGGAGACUGCAACAUGAAUUAGAAAUAGUGUCAGAGUUAGCUGCUGAACGUGACACGGAGGCACAGAGCGAAACACGAGAUGAUUAUUUUAAUACAGAAGAGACAGAUAUCCUUCUCAAAUGGGUCUGCGACAAAUGCCGACGAGUUUUUCUAAAUCAGGAUGAAUUCAAAGAACAUGAGUUGCUGCUACAUUGUCAGACAAAGGUUAGGAGCUACAUAUGUGAGACAUGUGGUUUUGAGUUUAAGACUAUACCCCAAUUAAAGAGACACAGAUCAAUCCACACAGAGGAGCCGCAGUACAGGUGCGUGCAGUGUUCGUACCGCGGCCGCACUAGGCACGCCCUCGCGGUGCACUUGCGGCUGCACAGCGGCGAGCGGCCGUUCCAUUGCGCGCUGUGUUCCGCGACGUUUCCCAACGCCUCAAACUUGGCUUCACAUCGACGACGUCAUUUACCUCCGGCCUAUCAUUGCGAGGCGUGCCAACGAAGAUUUAGGUUUAAAGAGGCUUUAAGCAACCAUAUCGCAACAAUACAUAGAGAUGCAAAACCUUUCAAUUGCUCUACUUGUGGCAAGACAUUCGCGACACGGAAAAUGAUACUGCGCCAUGAACGCAACGUACACAACCGUCCGAAAUUACGAUCAGGGGUCACACGAACCUGUACAACGCUACAGAAGGAGAACUAACAAACAUUAUACAAUAUGUGUAUAAAAAUAUUAUACAGCUGGUGUAUGAAAAUAUAGUGCUCUAUGAUUGUGAG